GCCGCGGUCCCGUGGCCGGCUCGGGUCUCGCGAGAAGCAGUCGCUGGGGGCGUCAGCGCGGAAGUGUGGGUGACGGUCUGAGACAUCACCGCCAAGCUGGGCACCGGGGAGAUGGCCGAGACGGACCCCAAGACCGUGCAGGACCUCAGCUCGGUGGUGCAGACGCUCCUGCAGCAGAUGCAGGACAAGUUCCAGACCAUGUCGGACCAGAUCAUCGGCAGGAAUAUCGAGAUGAGCAACCGCAUCGACGACCUGGAGAAGAACAUCGCCGACCUCAUGACCCAGGCCGGGGUGGAGGAGCUGGAGGGGGAGAACAAGCUCCCGGCCACGCAGAAGAGCUGAAGCAGGUUGCUAAGUGACGUGGAAACCGGGAGCACCGUUUUCUCGAGCCCAGAGAACACCUGGCUCUGGCGGCUCACGGUGUCAGCCAGCCGGGCUGCUGUUCCGAGGCCCUUCCACGUGCUGUCUAGUUCGUUUAUAGAAUGAAUUGUCCCCCUCCAUUCCCCGUGCUAACGUCACAUCUUGGACCUUGGUCGGUUGUGCUAUUAAAUAUUAAACACUAAAAUGUU